UUGUGGAGUGAUUUCCCAUAAACUUUCCCAGUCUACUGUGUAUAUAUUCUGUAUACUGCGCCCUCUGAUGGCCCUGUCUAUGUAUUAUCUGAUCUAUCAUCCCAUAAGUAAUGACACCCCUAUAUUCAUACUGCCGUACUCCAUCACUAAUACUGACCCGAUCAAUAAUACUCCCUGCAGACCUGAUCAAUAAUACUUCCUGCAGACCUGAUCACUAAUACUCCCUGCAGACCUGAUCACUAAUACUCCCUGCAGACCUGAUCACUAAUACUCCCUGCAGACCUGAUCAAUAAUACUCCCUGCAGACCUGAUCAACAAUACUCCCUGCAGACCUGAUCAACAAUACUCCCUGCAGACCUGAUCAAUAAUUCUCCUUGCAGACCUGAUCAAUAAUACUCCCUGCAGACCUGAUCAAUAAUACUCCUUGCAGACCUGAUCAAUAAUACUCCCUGCAGACCUGAUCAAUAAUUCUCCUUGCAGACCUGAUCAACAAUACUCCCUGCAGACCUGAUCAAUAAUACUCCCUGCAGACCUGAUCAAUAAUUCUCCUUGCAGACCUGAUCAAUAAUACUCCCUGCAGACCUGAUCAAUAAUACUCCUUGCAGACCUGAUCAAUAAUACUCCCUGCAGACCUGAUCAAUAAUACUCCCUCCAGACCCAAUCACCAAUACUCUUCAGUGACCUGAUCAAUAAUACUCCCUGCAGACCAGAUCAAUCAUUCUCCCUGCAGACCCGAUCACUAAUACUCUUCACUGAUGCGAUCACCAAUACUCUUUGCUGAUCUGAUCAAUAGUACUCCCUGAUAACUAAUACUCCCUGCAGGCCCGAUCACUAAUACUCCCUACUGACCUGAUCAACAAUACUCCCUGCUGACCCGAUCACUAAUACUCUUCACUUACCAGAUGAAUAAUACUUCCUACUGACCUGAUCACUAAUACUCCCUACUGACCCGAUCGGUAAAAAUAAAAAACUGACCCGAUCACUAAUACUCUUCACUGAUCUGAUCACUAAUACUCUUCACUGACCCGAUCACUGAUACUCUUCACUGACCCGAUCACUAAUACUCUUCACUGACCCGAUCACUAAUACUCUUCACUGACCCGAUCACUAAUACUCUUCACUGACCCGAUCACUAAUACUCUUCACUGACCCGAUCACUGAUACUCUUCACUGACCCGAUCACUAAUACUCUUCACUGAUCUGAUCACUAAUACUCUUCGCUGAUCACUAAUACUUUUGCUGGUCCGAUCACUGAUACUCCUGAUGUUUUGAUCACAAAUACCUUUAGUGAUCCGAUCAUUAAUACUCUGUGCCCUUCCCAUGUGGGAUUGGGUUGCAGCCUGCAGUAUCAGUGUCCUGUGUAGAGAUCUGUCCUUCCCCACACUCCUCCCCCUCCUCCUCCUCGCACGCCUCCUCCCCCACUCACUCAGCCAAGGACUGUUACUACAUGUUUCCUGUGAACUUAGAACAAUGAUAACUCCUGUGGACGUCUGGAAGAGUCUGCCCCUGUUCCCUUUCACUUUUUCUGCUGGUCCUCGUCAUUCCUAGGAUUAUUUCCCCUGACUCCAAUCGGAAAGGAUGUGGACGGAGAGGCGUUGGGAUUGAUCGCACUUUUCUGGAGAUGUCUGCUGCAUGAAGACAAUCGAUUCUACGUUUCCCUCUAUGUUGCUCUACGUGGUCUGUGAGUGAUUGGCAUCAGAAUCAAAAAAUGAGGCCCAUCUGUAAACGCUGCUGCAGGAUCCUCUUCAGGUGUAUAUUGUUGUUCGGUUUUAUAAUAUGUAUACUCUAUAUCUGCAAAGUGAGUCAGGAUGCAGAGACGUGUGAACUUAGAAACGUGGACCCCGAUCACAUAAAGCGCGCACACACAUUUGCCAAGAAUGUGGUGGAAGCAAAAUGUCGGCCAGGAUUUGCCAGAGCAGAGAUGAACCGAUUGUUUCCCAACAAGUAUGACAUGAGAUUACUCGGCUUUGUCAAGAAAAACAAAUACCUCAAUGAGUCCUUCUUCCAGUAUGGUCCUCCAUUUGGAUUUCGCCAGUAUCUUAAAGAACUGAAUGACACAUUGAACAUGAUGUCCGAAGAUGAACUUCCCAAGGAACUGAAACACAAACAAUGCAAACGCUGUAUUGUCAUAGGGAGUGGGGGAAUCCUUCAUGGUCUGGAGCUUGGACAUAAAAUUGAUCAAUUUGAUGUUGUAAUCAGACUAAACAAUGCUCCAGUCCACGGAUAUGAGCAGGAUGUUGGAAAUAAAACCACCAUCAGGAUGACUUAUCCCGAGGGGGCUCCGGUUUCUGAACAGGAGUAUUUCAGCAAUAGUCUGUUUGUCACCGUCCUCUUCAAACACGUGGACUUCCUGUGGUUGCAAGCGAUGCUGAAGAAUAAGACGCUGUCUGCAUGGAACAGAUUGUUCUUUUGGAAGAGUGUGACGGAGAAACUCCCGCUGAAGCCCCAUCAGUUUCGCAUUCUUAAUCCUCUUAUUGUGAAGGAGACGGCAAUGGAUAUCCUUCAGUUCCUUCCUCCCAGGUGGAAGUGGUGGGGCUGGAACAAGAAUGUCCCCACCAUCGGUGCAAUCGCUGUGGUCCUAGCCACUCACCUGUGUGAUGAAGUGAGUUUAGCCGGCUUUGGAUAUGACCUCAGUCAAUCGGACAUCCCUCUGCAUUAUUUUGGUAACCUUUGUAUGAACGCGAUGAACAGACAGCCGAUGCAUGACAUCACUAAAGAGAGGAAGCUGCUACAGAUGUUGGUGCGGGAUGGCGUGCUGAAGGAUCUUAGCGGGGGCAUUCAAUGUAACUUUUGCCCCCCUUAUCAGACAAGUGAAGCACUUCAUGUAUGAUGGCAUGUCAUUGGGACCUGUAAUAAAAGGGAGCUACUUCCACUUCCAGUAACCUCUAUCUGCCUCCUCUAACACGAAAUUGCAUGAAGGCGGGCGCUGCUCAUCGCUGUGACCCUCCAUCGGCGUUACCGUGACUCCAGGCGAGGGCGAUGAUGCUGGAUUUAGCAGGAAAUUUGUGUAAAUCUUCCUCCACGUGGAAACGUUGCAGAAAAGGAUGCACAAGUUAUCCUUCAGAUCUGCCCAAGUUCCUACUUGCUAGGUGCUGCCCUCAGCAAACAAUACAGCAGGCUCCAGCUACAAGAAGUGGCUUCAAUGGUCAUUCAUGUGCAGCAGCGGGGACUCCUUUCUUUGCCUGCAAUGUUGCUUUCAGCCAUAUCGUUUAAUGGAUCAUGAAGUCAUGCUUGAUGGUUCUGGAAUGGAUCCUCUAUCAUGGGAACAUAAUGAUACUGUUCAUCCCAGGUGUAGCAUGACAGCCAGGAUGGGACCAGUAAACUAUCAAACGGUAACUUCAAAAUCAGUGUCAUCGAUGAACUAUCAGAACGUGUAAAAUGGAGGACUGAGGAUAUUCUAUUGUUUUUAUUUAAUUCUGCAAUGCAAAAAAAAAAGUAUCAUAAAGUGCUGUAUUAUUUUUAUUUUUACAAUCUCUGAACUACUAUGUCUCGUCGUAUGUUAAAACCACUCUGAAGGGGGAACUCCAAUCCAGACAGAAAUUACUAGAGAUUAGUACAUUUAUAUCCGGUUAAAUGUUGAUGUUUUAUUUCUUUUGCCAAUUCCUUUAUUUGGGACCACUUAGUGCAGUAACAAGAGAGUCUUGCCCUUUUAUUUCCGAGUGUCAAGUGGACAUAGCUCCACCAUUGGGGUUUUCUCUUGCAGCAUCACCUGCUGGUAAAAUCUGGUAUUGCUGCACUUACAUUAGAAUACAAUUGUUCUCUUUGGGAACUACCGUAUAUCACUGGUCUACCCCCAGACUGCCAAGUACUGCUGUUAUUCUCAAGGGACCCUUUGGAAGAAGGGGUCCCUUCAGGUACAUUUACUAAUCAAACAAUGAAAUUCCAAUUUCAUGGAACGGAAUUACUGACAGGUGAAAAUUUCAAACCACGUACAGAUCUGUGAAUUGCUGUAAUGCCGCGUACACACGAUCGGUUUGUCUGAUGAAAACGGUCUGAUGGACCGCUUUCAUCAGA